AACACGGGCGGAGAGCAGCUCGCGAUGUGUAGGGUGGUGAUCUUCCUGGCGCUGGUGGGAUUGGUCGUGGGCAACCCGUCUCUGAACGAUGCCCACGCUCUGAUCGGCAGCCCGAGCUCCGUCUGCAGGCUCCGUAUCAUCCGCGGCCCCUGCAGAGCGCUGUUCCGGAGAUACGGCUUCAACCGCGCCACCGGCGUCUGCCAGCGCUUCAUCUAUGGCGGCUGCGCCGGCAACACCAACAACUUCGUGAGGCGAGAGCAGUGUCAGCGGGCCUGCGGCGGGCCCUGAAGAGCACGUGGUUGAGUGGGCGAGUCGGGGCAGCAUCUGGCGCGGGAGGCGGGCAACGGGGCCGACAUGGCCGCCCGCGUUGAAUGAGAGCAUGGUUGAUGUCGAGAGCGAGGGUGUUUCUGUUGGCUGCGCACGCGGCACGUAAGAUGGGUGGUGCGUAUGUGGUGCGUAAUGUAGUACCUGGUUCUUGUAUGCUGAUUUGUGCUUUGUACCUGCUCUUAAGCUGCUGGGAGCACUUUUGUACAAUUGCUGCUGCCGGCUGUCUGUGAUGUUGUGACAUGGAAAACGAGUUGCAUUUUGGCGGAAGGUUAUUUUUCUCUCGCUUGUUUGUACGAUGUGCCACUGCUCACAGCAUCGAAGGCUAUAAAACAUUCAGAUAA